GGUGACUCUAAAGAAUAGCGGCCCAAACCGAAACGACCUUCGAACAAAAAAGUGACCUUGAGCAAGGAAUCAGCUGACUGUAUCAUUUUCGGAAGUAAUCAUGGAUGUUUCCGAUUACUGUUUGGAUAACGAACUCAUAGCUUUGUCGAAAAUUUGCCAGUGCGGAGGAGUUAUGCAUAUACAAAUAUGAGCAGAGGCCAUUGAUGGCUUUGUAUACAGAUGUAUUGAGUGCCGAAGGAGGAAAUCGGUUCGAGAUGGUUUGUCGUUGUUUUUUAGUUUACAGAUCCCUUAGGAACUUUUCUCUCAAGGUCUAAGUUACCUUUGGCGAAAAAAUUUUAAUGAUAUGUAACUUCUGGGUCCUGAAAAGAGCAGUCACAGCUACAGCUUAUGAAAAAGAAAAUUCAGAGGUGUCAGCAGUGCAAUGGUACAACUACUGCAGAGAUGUUUCCUCCUGGAAAAUGAACACCCUGACUCAAGUUCUCGGGGGAGUCGGCAGCAUAGUCCAUAUUCAUGAGACUGCACUUAUAAAAAGGAAAUACAACCGCGGGAGAUUACAAGCAAACCAGCAGUGGAUACUGGGUAUCUACGACAUGACACCGCGCAAAGGGUAUAUGGAAGCGAUUCCCAAUCGCAGUGCAGCAGUAUUAGUGCCUAUUAAUAAGCGUUUGGUGUUGCCGGGGACGACCAUUCAUACGGAUGAAUGGAGCGGACACCGUCAAUUAUCGAAUCAUGGGUACAUUCAUCAUGUUGUUAAUCAUACGGACGGUUUCCGGAAUCCUUUGGAUGGAACCCAAACCAGUUCCAGUGAAACAUUUUGGAGUCGUCUAGAAAGACGUAUACGAGCGGUUAAUGGAUCGAGAAAUCCCAUGAUUCACAGUUACCUGGAUGAAUUUAUGUACCGAAACUGGUUUCAUAUGACUAUGAAGACUCCCAUGAGAAACUGGGAGGUUUUUUUGCAACAUAUACGCGAGCGCCAUCCUUUGUAACUGUUUAUUAUGAUUGAAUUACUUCUAUAUAAACCGUUUUUUACAAUUAUGCGUCUUUCUAUUUGAGCCUUCUCAUUGGCCGAAGUUGUCCCAGUCAAGGUCAUUUUUGCGUUAAAAGGACGUUUCGGUUUGGGCCGCAAUUCCUUAGAGUCACAGGGGUUAAGCAGAAG